GUUACACCCUACCAAACACCUCGAUGACAUGGCUAGCCUGUCAUAAUGUUAAUUUCACGGCGACCCUCUCCAAUCAUAUGCAUUUGUAGCCAACACCGCGGCGACUGCCAGUAGUUUCAGGAUCCGUGUCCAUUCAAACUUCGUUUCUCCCCUCCAUAUUUAUACGUUGGAUAUCAUUGCCAGUGAAAGUCAAGCGCUGGAUGGCUUAUAGCUGUCUAGGUACCUUUUAAAACGUGCUAGCUCUCCUCGUCGUUAGAUCGGUCUUACCGUUGUGACUGUUUCGACCAUGCCUUUGUCCCUGCAGUUCUUGGAAGAUGUCUGGGUGCGGAGGUCGUUCUCCGCAGCUGGCCAUACAUUACUAGUCUACGACUAUCUCCUAACUUUCACAGAAGAAUUCAUCUACAUCUGGAAGGCCCCCUGGACGGUUAUGAAAAUCAUGUUUCUUCUCAGCAGGUAUGGAAACCUGAUUGGACAGACUACCAUCCGGCUGGAAGAGGCUGGUCUCCUUGCACAUGAUUCUCAAAAGUUCUGUCGAGGGUUUUCAAUUUUCUCCACUUGCUUCACGCUUGUGUCCGUCGAAUCGAUCCACAUCCUCGUGCUCCUGCGUGCAUGGGCUAUCUGGGGAACUCGAAGGCGUGUGACGAACAUCUUCGCCUGGAGCUACGUGGGCUGCAUCGUUGUGCUGAUGGUUAGCUCAGUGUAUGGUUUAUACACCGGUAACAUUCAUUUUCAAUUCCUCGAGGUGGCUCAGGUUUGCGUGGCGACAGGGCCUAAUUAUGUGUGGUUAAUUUACUUUGGAAGCUUUAUUCUCGAUGCAGUAACCUUCGUCUUAACGAUGCGAAGUCUCCGGAUAUAUUCCAGGGAAUUUCAGCAACUCUACCCGUCUAGUCUCCUCCAUGUACUCUUUCGAGACGCGAUCUUAUUUUUCAUCGCUAGUACGUUCAGUAAUGCAUUGACCGUUAUCUCUUGGACUGCAUUCAGGACCAAUCCAACAUAUUUCCUUGCUAAAGGAUUCGCGACUCCGUUACUUUCGGUAGCUGGCCAGCGCCUAGUCCUGAACCUUCGGGGUCUUCAAACGCGUUCCUACGAAACUCACGAUCUCAGCCGUGAAGUGGACCGGCAACUACAAGCAUUUGCUGCAGGGUGUUCUCCAGGAAUGGAUAAUGUAGAAGAGUUGGAAGGUGUGCGGGAGUAGGGUGGUUGUUCACUACCAAAAUUGACUGAACAUGGGCGACCCUUUGUGCUCAUUUUUGUUCCUAGAAUUUCUUUUACGUUUCCUAUGCUCCUUUUAAAUAUCCGUGUAUAUCCAGUAUCAGGUGUAUCCUUCGGUCGGAAUGACUAUCUCCGACUGACUGCAUGCAUUAGUGAUAGACUAACUUGUAGCUAGCCUGCCUUGUAAUGUUCUAUCUUCUGUAUAGUGGUGAUUCGAUGGUCGCGGACCAGUCUACCAUACCACGAGAAAAUAUUGACAGUAUACACGAGAUCGCUAGUAUUCCUUC